GUGUCUUUCUUUUGCCCACUCAUGAUCUCUUUAGCCAGCUGGCCAGACGACGUGCUCCUCAGACUGGGGCAAGAGCUGGACAUCUGCGACCUCAUAAGUCUUCUGGCAACGUGUCGCGCCUUGCGCGCACUGCAAGACUACCGCACCCUCUGGAUCGCCGCAGUCCACCGUAUCCGCUACACUCAGCUCCAUCCGCUUCCCCUUGCCCAGAACGAGAGCAUAUCGAGUCUGCCGCUCGCCCGGCUCCAAACGCUGGCGCGCCAGACGAACCGGCUGCUUCAGAACUGGCACUCCGACGCGCCGCGCCCAGCCUGGACACGCUCCUUCCACAUCGGCAAGUGGCCCAUGCUCUGCAUUCCGGGCACGUACCUCGUGAUCACCGUUAGCUACUCCGAUCACGCGAUUUCGUGCUGGGACGCGCGGACGGGGGCGUAUCGUGGCAGGACCGAGGUCCCACACCUUCACCUCGUCGUCGCCCGUCCGUUUGUUGGCGUCGAGGGGCGGGCAAUGCUCGGGGCCACAGUACGUCUGCCAGACAGGAAAAAGGCCAGCCUCGCUGUGAUUGAACUCGACUUCUCGGAUAGGACCAACAUCCGUUUCAACACGUUGAUAUCUCCCUCAGUUGGCAUAGUUUCGCACAGCCCCGCCGAUUUCUUCCUCAACGACAAGAUCAUUGCGUUUACCACAGUGCGGGACUUCUAUCACUGGACGCUGGACUCGGAGGCUGCGGUGCAAUGCAUCCCCAACUUGUGGCACGGCAUGAUUGCCCAACAUGAACUGGAUACACAGUGCAUUGUCGUCUAUGUCUCGAACGGUCUCCUGCGCCUCCGCCUGUUUGGCACCACCCCUCGUGGAGAUGGACUCGUGGACAGUUUUGCCCUUGAUGUCGAUUCGGACCCUGUCGAUCCCGCUUCCACCUGUCAGCUGAUCCUGCUCAGUGAAGCAGAGCGUGAGGGAUGUCUCCGACACAACCUCAAUACCAAUAGUAUGUGGCACUACUCCCCACUGGCCGUCCGCCCCGACUAUGGCGUCUACGGCGUCUCCUGGAGCGGCUUCAACGCCAACAGAAAUGGCGCCACAUUCUACUUCACGCAUUUCUGGCCCACACCCGUCCCCGCGCUAAGCGGCGCCCAAAUCUCAGAAACCGUGGACCCAUCGUCUCAGGCGAGGGACUCCGGGCCACAGUCGAUAUGCCAUGGCCACCCCUCGCAGCCGCUUGUGCAUACGACGGGUGUGUCAGGGCGAUAUGUGCUGCAGAUUGUUGGCCAUCCUAGCGGGCGCAGCUACGAAUGGGGCGAGAUCAAGGACAGGCAGCUCGCCCUCGUGUUUCUCGACUCUGAUGGUGAAUCUCAGUUCCGGAGACUGCAUCUCGAGGGCGAGGCGGCGCGCUGCCUCGAAUCAGACCCUCGAUGCUGA